CAAGUUCUUCAAAAACAAACAUCUCUCUGGAAUCAAGAGAACUGGAGGUUUUAUGUGCAGUGCCUGCAUGCUGUGUCACUUGGCAACUCGGAGGCCAGCAGGGACACCAAUAGUCCCCAGGCAACACACUCAUGCAUCUGCAUCAGUUCAGCACCUGAUGGUUUGCACCGGUGCGGAUGUGCCUCUUCUAUUCAAAGACAGGUGAAAAACACCAGGAUGCAAAACCAGCGGCGACUGGUUAGACGGGUUAAACUGGACUACCCGCUACAUUCACCUGCACGCACCUUCACCAAAAACUUCUUUUGGAGCUCAAGUUUACCUCUUCAGGGCCACGCGGCGUCACAGGAGAGGGCGUGGUCUCCUCGAGCACUGCGUGUUGAUGGUAUGGAGUGGUGGACGCUGAUCGCGGAAUGAGAGUUUCGCCGGAGGUUUGAUAUGUUUGACGGCAGGAAAGCCUGCACGCGUGAUCUUCCAGCGGAUUCGGAGUCGUGUGAGACCUGAAACCGGAGUUAAAGAAGAUGCUAAACUUUCUCCCCGUGCGGAAAUUCAAGCGCAAUGGAAAGUACAUUGUUUUCGGGGCGGUGCUGAUGGUGGGAUUUCUGGCUGCUUAUUUGGAGCUCAUGGCCACCAGUGUUUGGAGCGCAACCGGCGUAACACCGCAAAGUGAAGAUGCCGUCUGGGCCAAAUCUGCUGCUGGGAUUGAGGUUGGAGGCGAUCACAUCUCUAAUAAUCAUAAACAAUACUGGACUUCAAAAAACAAUCCACAGAAAUGGAAACCGGAGUAUAAAGGACAGGUUAAUCUUCAUGUGUUCGAGGACUGGUGUGGCCCGUCUGUAGCUCAGCUGAGGAAGAAUUUACAUUAUCCACUUUAUCCUCAUUCUCGUAUCACUGUUGGAAAACUAGCCGUGUCGCCCAGCUGGACCAAUUAUGGCCUCAGGAUAUUUGGCUAUAUACAUCCUUAUACUGACGGUGACUUCAAGUUCGCAGUUGCAUCCGAUGAUAACAGCGAAUUUUGGCUUAGUGAUGAUGAAAAUCCAGACAAUCUAAAGCUUUGCACUUACGUCGGAAAGACAGGCAGAGAAUGGACCGCCCCAGGGGAAUAUGGGAAAUAUGCCAGUCAGACAUCCAAUUUCAUUACUCUUCAGAUGAACAGGAAAUACUUCUUCGAGCUUAUCCAUAAACAGGAUGAUCACGGGACGGAUCACGUAGAGGUUGCGUGGCAACUCAAACAGGCUGGAAGGGAAUUUUCAAUCAUCGAUUCCAAGUACAUCUCUCUCUACACCAAUGAGUCCUCUCUGAAGGCAGGUGAUGUCAGUCAUAUUCCUCAGACUGCUGCCAGUCAUGUAGCUCCACCCAACAGUUUUUCUCAGGCUCCACCCCAUGGAGCGGACAUGUUGAGACCAGAUCCACGCGACUCAUUUCAUAAGAUUCCAUUACUGGACAGGAUGCGAUUGCAAGGGGUUUUACCCAAAUGUUCAUAUAACCCCAGCUACAUUAUUAAGGGAUAUCCUCUGGUGCGCUAUCAAGGCCUGCAGUUUGUGCAUCUGUCGUGUGUGUAUCCCAACGAUUACACUCGCCUCUCGCACAUGGAGAGUGAAAACAAAUGUUUUUACCGCAGUAAUCCUUUUUAUCUGGAAAGAUACGGUUUCACAAACUUCCUUCAGAUGGAUCUUCCUGAGAAUUUGAAGUUCAGAGGAGAUAGGAUGGUAGGACAAGGAAUCAAGAUGGGAAGAAAUGAUAAUGAAGGAUUGCAGGAUUCUGAAACGUAUAAGAAUCAGAAGAUGAAAGUUAUGGAGAAUGACAAUUAUCUGCCAAAGUAUGGCGAUGAUUCUAAUGACUUUUUGCCUCAGGGACUACGAAAACUUUUCUCUGUUCAGCAACACGACGGACAAAUGAGAAACAAAGCGCUGGACAUCAGACCUGAGCAGAUCCAAGGUGACAACUCACCGAAUGAAAUACAGAAACAACCUCAACCAAAGAAAUACCCGGAGGAACCACCGUACCCAAAAACACAACAGAAAACAAGAAAAAAGAAACGGCGACAAAAGAUGACAGCGCAACAAAACCUUUAUUACAUCCCAAACUCACCUUCUGAAGUGAGGAACCAGGGUCACAAAAAAGACUCCGAGCCGAUUCAGAAAAAAUUUGGCAUGGAGAAGAUCUCUGGUCGUCCAGAACCGACUCAAAGAGUGGAUCGCUGGAGGUCAGAUGUGAAAAAGCUAGGUGACUUGUCGGCCAAUCAGGAUGGUGGCAUUGAAAUCCAGCCUCUUAAGGCCAAACACAACAAUAGCAGUCGCAGAGACCUGAACCGCGUUCCAGUCAAUGACGGAGCCGUUCUGAUGGAGAACAGACCAAAAGGUAAUGAGUCGAAAAAAAAUAACAAGGUUGACAAGCCAAUGAAAGUCGCCACGUUGGAUGGGGCUGUGGGAACCAAUUCUGACGCGUUUGAUGAGCAAAAACGUGUUGACAUCGUUGAUUUGUCAGGUAAUAAGACAGCUUUUAUUGGAGAACAUGUGGAGAAUUCUCCCGACACAUUAAAAGUAAAGAAGACCAAAAAGUUGAAAAGGGAUCGUGUCAAGGCAACACCAUUACAACAGCUACACGGCAAAAAAUAUGAAGAUAAUAAACUGAUAGGUGUUUCGAAGGAUGACAAUAGGAAUAAUGUCGAGCUUGGCAAGAGUCAAAAUUUGGUUCAUUACCUUACUCAAAAACCUCAUAAGCCGUCGUCACAUAACCUCACUCGUGAGCGUGAUGAUGUCACUGCUCCGCCAAGAGAGGAAUAUGACAAAGAUUGGGCUCGCUUUCAUGACCACAGAAAAGGAGGAAUAAAUGAGGUGAAGGAUAAUGCGAUGCCAGUAAGAGAGACCGAUAUUGAAAACGAGGAAGAUGGUGACUGGAUGGCUCAGGGUUUCUCCGAGGAAGAGGACUAUGACUUCAUCAACAGAGCUGUGUUUGAUGUGGAAGUUAACUGGGCUCAGACGUUCCAGGUGAAACCUUUCGAUCUUAACAGGAUGCGCUCGGAUUGGAUCGAUCUGAAGUGUAACGUGUCUGGAAACUUGCUGCUCAGCGAAUCCGAGGCUUUGACUGUGGUGGACGCUUUCAUGAAGAAACUCGACAGGAAAUACCCAAGUCAGUUUUCUCUACAUCGUAUCGUGAACAUUGAGAAGAGGUCUGAUUAUCCUCGGGGCAGUAGAUAUCUUCUGGAACUGGACCUGUCGGAGGCUUCGGGGCGUCACCUGCGUCUGGUUGACUACAUCUAUGUGAAGAGUGUUGAAGACUGGGGUAGUCUGCAAAAAACUGAAAAGCUCAUACUAUGCUAUCCGUCCGGCUUCUUCUGGAACCCAACUGCCACGGUCCACUUCAUAAUCCCAGUGAAGAAUCAGGCCCGUUGGGUACAGCAGUUUAUUUCAGACAUGGAGGAACUUUACCGCACCACCGGAGAUCAGAACUUCAACAUCAUCAUCACUGACUAUGAAAGCACUGAUAUAGACAUCGAACAAGCCUUACAAAAUUCCAUUCUGCCCAGGUAUCAGUAUCUCAGCUUGAGCGGAAGCUUUGAACGAUCGGCAGGGCUCCAGGCUGGAAUAGAUCUCAUUUCUGAUGAUCACAGCAUUGUGUUUCUCUGUGAUCUGCACAUACAUUUUCCACCUGGCUUCAUUGACACUGUGAGGAAACAUUGUGUUGAAGGUCACAUGGCCUUCGCUCCCAUAGUCCUGAGACUCAACUGUGGAGCUUCGCCUCUGGAGCCUGACGGUUACUGGGAGAUCAAUGGCUUUGGACUUAUGGGCAUUUAUAAAUCAGACCUGGACUCUAUUGGGGGCAUGAACACCAAAGAAUUUACAGACCGUUGGGGUGGAGAAGAUUGGGAACUACUGGACAGGAUCCUGCAGGGAGGGCUGGAGGUGGAACGACUCUACCUGAGGAACUUCUUCCAUCACUUUCACUCGAAACGUGGCAUGUGGAACCGCCAGAUGCUGCGGAACACAUAACCGGGUCUCACCACUGCUAAGCAACGGUUGCUGUUGCACUUUAAACUAAAACUCGGCGUUUGGUUGACCUCAGGGCAUUCCAAGUGUGUGAAUGGUCAAUGGCCUCCAUCCAUCACUGCUGAUCCAGUGUGUUGUGAUUUUUGGUGAAAACGGACAUCUGCGAUCGCCGGAGAUACAGAGAAGUUAAGUGACUGGAGAAUGUAAACAUGAACUCUCUUGCUGCUGUCGAUAUCUUUUUCAGGUGUUUCUCCUAUGAUAACAGCCCCCUCUGGUGUUCAAUGCCACGAGGAAAUGCUUUUGGAUUAGUCAAAGAUGUCUGGAACGGCAUCCAACGACCCUUAAGAUUUUUGCUGGCCAGGUCUAGAAUAAAAUGUUUUGGCAAAUUCUGUUCUGACAGACAGGAUUGUAAUGUUAAACAUGAUCCAUGUAUAUAAUUCCAUGCAACUAUUCAGGUAACUAUGCAUCUUUGGUUGAGGAUUCCCCUUUGCACAUUGUUGUACUGUAUGUUUUAUGCUGUGUGACCUCUUGGGGCCUGAAAGAUGAACGGGUCGAUCAAAAGACGUGCAAUAUUUCAAGAGACACGGUCUUGCCUAGAUUUGACUUGCGAAAUGAUUCAAGACAAGUCUGUAUUUGCCACAUCAAUCUCAACAUGUCAAGAAUUAUCAGAAGAAAUUAAAGGGACAGGCCAAAUUUGUCUUUAUUUGAAUUUGAUAAUUUAUUUACAGUAACGUUGGUCCAAACAUGCAUGACUUAAAAAGAAUGUAAAGACAGAAGGUCAGCGAAUGACAGUUCAGUCAACAUUCACCAUCACUGCUUUUUUGAUAUAUAAUGAAAGUAAAUGUGGACCUUCGGUUCUAAGCCUUCUUCAUAACAUUUUCAUUUUUUUAAGAUGAAGUUAUACAGGUUUGAAACAAAAUCGUGACACAGCAUUUACUUUAGGGUGAACUGUCCCUUUAAGAUGAUGUCAUUUUCAACAUAAAAAUAAAAAUGUUGCAACAUAAAAAUUUAAAGUAGGGAGUUUCCGUUUCACACGUAUGUUCUUUAUACAUUUCAGGGAGCAAAGCCAACAGAUAAGUUGACAUGUAUGCAACACAUGAUGUGUGGUAUAACAACAAUGCUCAUCAUGCUCAUUUAAAAAAAAUACACUGACUAAAGUGCUGGCUAUGUUUAGCCCAAUGAACGUAGAUGUGCCAUCUAUGCUUCAAAUCAAAACAUCUACUGUCUCGUGUAAAAAAUUCUGCACUGUUUUUACAAAGAUUCUUUUUAAUGGUUCCACAUACUUUAAAUGUCAUGUUGUUGUUCUGUUUCUGUGAGCUUUUUCAUAAAAAAAGACGUAAUGCAUUGUAGAUAUAACAGUGCGUUACAUCCCGAAACCUACUGUAAAUGUUUCUGAUUUAUUUAUUUUGGCUCUUGUCUUAUGUUAAGAAUCCACUUGAACGUGUAAUGGAAGUGACCUUGAUCAAUUCUGGAUCACCAUGAACCUUCAAAUAAAGUUUCUUCUCGA